GGUGACGAGUACGAGGUGACGUCACCGAACCGGAGGCCGGGUGAUCCUCCGACGCGGCUCUUUCUGUGAGUCACACGGGCCGGGAAACAACAGCCCAGGCCGGGAUUUUGGAGCGAGGCGGUGUCCCCACCCCUCCGUCCGUGUCUGUAUCCGUCUGUGUGCGUGUGAUCUGGCCGGUGUUCUCGUGAUUCGGUAACCGGGGGAAGAUGGCGGACCCGGCGGAGUGCACCAUUAAAGUCAUGUGCCGUUUCAGGCCAUUGAAUAGCUCGGAGGUGACGAGGGGGGACAAAUACAUCCCCAAGUUUCAGGGAGAGGACAGCGUCGUGAUCGGGGGUAAGCCGUACGUGUUUGACAGAGUUUUCCAGUCCAACACGUCUCAGGAGCAAGUGUACACGGCCUGCGCUCAACAAAUCGUCAGAGAUGUACUUGGUGGCUAUAAUGGAACCAUUUUUGCCUACGGUCAGACAUCCUCUGGCAAAACGCACACAAUGGAGGGAAAUCUCCAUGACACAGAUGGAAUGGGAAUCAUUCCCAGAAUUGUGCAAGACAUCUUUAACUACAUUUACUCUAUGGAUGAAAACCUGGAGUUCCACAUUAAAGUGUCAUAUUUUGAGAUUUAUCUGGAUAAGAUUCGGGACCUGUUGGAUGUUUCAAAGACUAAUUUAUCUGUACAUGAAGACAAAAACAGGGUUCCUUAUGUCAAAGGCUGCACCGAGCGAUUUGUUUCCAGUCCAGAUGAAGUGAUGGACACUAUUGACGAGGGCAAAUCCAACAGACAUGUAGCUGUGACAAACAUGAAUGAACACAGCUCCAGGAGUCACAGUAUCUUCCUGAUCAAUGUGAAGCAGGAGAACACGCAGACCGAACAGAAGCUCAGUGGGAAACUCUACCUGGUCGACUUGGCAGGCAGUGAGAAGGUCAGUAAAACAGGAGCUGAAGGCGCUGUGCUGGAUGAAGCCAAAAACAUCAACAAGUCUCUGUCAUCUCUGGGCAACGUGAUAUCGGCCUUAGCCGAGGGCUCGACAUACGUUCCAUACAGAGACAGUAAAAUGACAAGGAUCUUGCAGGAUUCUCUGGGUGGAAACUGCAGGACCACCAUCGUCAUCUGCUGUUCUCCUUCUUCAUAUAACGAGGCCGAGAGCAAAUCCACCCUCAUGUUCGGACAGAGAGCCAAGACUAUUAAGAACACAGUGAUUUUGAAUGUAGAGCUGACAGCAGAGCAAUGGAAGAAGAAAUAUGAGAGAGAGAAGGAACGAAACAAGAGCCUUCGAAACACCAUCACAUGGCUGGAGAACGAACUCAACCGCUGGAGAAAUGGUGAAACUGUACCUGCAGAGGAGCAAUUUGAUAAGGAGAAGAUUAAUGCUGAAGUGUUGGCGCUGGAUAACACAAUUAAUAAUGAUAAAUUUGCAUCCACACCAAGCAUGCCGCCCAUGCCAGGGAUGCUCGGGGCCCGACUCACCGAUGUUGAGAAGGAAAAAUGUGAGGUUGAGCUCGCCAAACUUUACAAGCAGCUUGAUGACAAGGAUGAAGAGAUUAAUCAGCAGUCUCAGCUGGUGGAGAAGCUCAAGCAGCAGAUGUUGGACCAGGAAGAGUUGCUGGCCUUGUCACGAAGAGACCAUGAUAACCUGCAGGCAGAGCUGACUCGUUUACAGCUGGAGAAUGAGGCAUCUAAAGAGGAGGUGAAGGAGGUGCUGCAGGCCUUGGAGGAGCUCGCUGUCAACUAUGACCAGAAAAGUCAGGAGGUGGAGGACAAAACCAAGGAGUUUGAAGCCCUCAGCGAAGAACUUGGUCAGAAAUCUAGUACCCUGGCGUCUAUAGACUCAGAGCUGCAGAAACUGAAAGAAAUGGCCAAUCACCAGAAGAAGAGGGUAACUGAGAUGAUGUCAUCACUGCUCAAAGAUCUGACUGAGAUUGGCAUUGCUGUGGGCAACAAUGACAUCAAGCAGCAUGAAGGCAGUGGUCUUAUAGACGAAGAGUUCACUGUAGCCAGACUCUACAUCAGUAAGAUGAAGUCAGAAGUCAAAUCGAUGGUCAAACGUUGCAAGCAGUUGGAAAACACUCAGUCUGAGAGCAACAAAACGAUGGAUGAAACUGAGAAGGAGCUUGCAGCAUGCCAGUUACGCAUCUCCCAGCUUGAGGCGAAAAUUAAAUCUCUGACGGAGUAUCUGCAGAAUGUAGAGCACAAGAAGAGACAGCUGGAGGAGGAUGUGGACUCUCUCAAUGAGGAACUGGUCAAAAUCAAUGCACAGGAGAAGGUUCAUGCAAUGGAGAAAGAGAGUGAGAUUCAGAGUGCCAAUGAGGUGAAGGAGGCGGUUGAGAAGCAGAUCCAGAGUCACAGGGAGGCCCAUCAGAAACAGCUCAGCAGUCUGAGAGACGAACUGGAAACCAAAGAGAAACUCAUUACAGACCUACAAGAUCUGAAUCAGAAGAUCUUGUUGGAGCAGGAGCGUUUGAGGGUAGAACAUGAAAAACUCAAAUCCACCGACCAGGAGAAGAGCCGCAAACUGCACGAGCUCACUAUGAUGCAGGACCGCAGAGAACAGGCCAGACAGGAUCUGAAAGGCUUGGAGGAGACUGUGGCCAAAGAGCUGCAGACUCUACACAACCUCAGGAAACUGUUUGUUCAGGAUCUGGCGACUCGUGUGAAAAAGAGUGCAGAGAUGGACUCUGAUGAAACUGGUGGCAGUGCUGCUCAGAAGCAGAAGAUCUCUUUCCUGGAAAACAAUCUAGAACAACUCACCAAGGUCCACAAACAGCUGGUGCGUGAUAAUGCUGACCUGCGCUGUGAGCUUCCUAAACUGGAGAAGCGUCUGCGGGCAACAGCGGAGCGUGUGAAGGCUCUAGAGUCGGCACUCAAAGAGGCCAAAGAGAACUCGGCCCGUGACCGCAAGCGCUACCAGCAAGAGGUGGACCGCAUCAAAGAGGCCGUGAGAGCCAAAAACAUGGCCCGCAGAGGACACUCCGCACAGAUAGCUAAACCCAUCAGGCCUGGACAGCAACCAGUAGCUUCUCCUACACACCCCAGCAUGGUGCGUGGAGGUGGUGGUGGCGGCGUGCUCUACCAGAACAGCCAACCUAUGCCUAUCAGAGGAGGUGGCGCUAAACAAGAGAAGAGCUGAAAAUGAUUUUUUCCCUCACUACCAAUGCUGCAAGAAUGCAAGAAAUCUUCAUGGAAAUCUGUCAUUCCAUUAACAUGAUCCCUCCUGCUGGUGCACAUGGGAGGACGUCCAAAUCGAAAUAUUCAUGGCUGUACAGUUCCACUCCCCAUCUUUUUCCUCCAAAGCAAAUUAUUUUAUGAAUAUUGCACUCUCACACUUGCACCAAAAAUGAUAUAAAAAGGAAAUCAAGAAAUAAAUGUAAGCAAAGUGAACAAUUGACACAGAAGCCAGUGCAAUCAGCUCUAAUCAAUCUUCAGCUGCUCUCUGCACACCUGUAACCUCUGAUUAAACUACUGCCUGAUAACUGUGCAAAAGACCUCGCUCCUGGCUUGACUUCAUAUGGGUCAGCGUCUAGACUGCAGCAAGCUUGAAUAAAAAAAAUCCCUGAAUAGAGAAUAUACAAGCGUGCUCGGCAGCGGAUCUCCUGUAUCACUACAAACUCAGAUAUUCCUGUGUGGAAGUAUUCUGAACAGAUUCAGAUCUUUGUGUAGUAACUAAUGGUUCUAAAUGGGAGGGUGGAGAGGAUUGUAGACACGAGUAACCAGGCCUUACACAGCAGGCUAAUGCUGGAAGCAUCUCAAUGUAAACUUACGGUUGCAAAGGCUAAUGGUUUGUUUUUGUUGUUUUUUAGUCAAACAGUUGAAGGUUGUCCUGUCCUGCUUUUCACACAGUUCACAUUGUGCAUAUCCAAAUUCUUCUUUUAAGAGUCAUAAAUGUUUGUAUUUAAGAUGUCUGUGUAUUAUUCAUACUUUUUCUUCCUGCAUCUUCUCUAAUACAUCACUUUGUAUUUGGAUUUGUACGUUUAAGUGGUCAGCUGACAUCUGUAGAAGUCCUCAUGUGACGUCACUGCUUGCUUGCUCCGCCACUGUUACUGAUCAGCCAAUCAGUUUAGCAGAAUGAUGGUGUGUGUGGGCUUAUGUGUCAUACUUUAAUAACUUGCAUCUCCUUGAGGACAUUGCAGACAUUUGUUGCUUUUUUGAAUUUUUUUGAGGACAUAAUUCCUAAUUUGAAUCAUUAUUGUUCAAGCUAGCCUUAAAUAUUUUUGUUUAGACUUACUUUACACUCCUGAUAUUGUUAAAGGAAUGCUUAUGAAUUGUGAAUUACAGGACAUCACAACCUUCUGUAUCAUUUUCAACUUUAUUGCUUUCUGGGUGUUUUGUACCUUUAAGCGACAUCACAAGGACCAUUGAAAGUGCAGUUGUGUUAUUAGCCCUAAAUUCUUCCCUUUUCAGUGCAUGAAGGAUAAUUAAUUGACGUUCAUGGGGAAUGCCACACAUUUAAUUAAACUUAAAAUAAUAGCUAAUUUUUUUUAUUACUGUGUAAUAGUAACUCCAUGACUUGUUGACCGAGCGUUCCACCGAUGGAUCAUUCCAACUGUACAAGGUGUUUUUGGAAGAUUCUGGUUGAAGGAAAAGAAUGAGGGGAUGAAAUUACUGAUGACACUUUUUCUGGAUGAACUGCAUGUAUGUGUGAUUAAAACAAUAUUCUGAAA